CUGAAAAAAAUAGCCUAAGUUUCUUCUUGCUUUGUGUUUUCUUCAAGGGCCUUUGUGAAGACCACGAACAACAAGGUGCUGCAACCUCAAAAGAAUCUGAUCACUUCAGGAUCGCAUGCAGCGUCUUUCUUAUGCCUUGUGCCCGUGGCAGCUUGACAACGAGUCCAAGAAAAUGCGGGGAAAGGCAGUUUCAGGGAAAGCCAUUUUCGUAUUAUGUCUUGCUAGCUUUCUUGCAGGAUCACUGUUUACCAGCCGAACGUGGACUGCUCACACUUCUCAUGACAAAUAUCAUCCGACUCCACCCAUUCAAAAGCAUGCUAGCAAUAAGUUGGGAGAAGUAGCCCGUGACUUUGAUCGCAAACGUAAAUUGGCUGAAGGAAAGGAAGAAGAUAUUAUGGGGGAAGUCUCAAAAACUCACAAGGCUAUCCAGUCACUUGACAAAACAAUCUCCAACUUGGAAAUGGAAUUAGCAGUAGCUCGUAUGAGCAGGACUAGUGCUGGAGGACUUUCCCUGGAAAGCAAAUCUAAUCAGACGUUGCAGAAGGCUUUUGUGGUUAUUGGAAUUAACACAGCUUUUAGCAGCAGGAAAAGAAGAGACUCCGUUCGAGAAACAUGGAUGCCUAGAGGAGAAAAACUGAAGAAAUUGGAGAGAGAGAAAGGGAUUGUUAUAAGGUUCGUAAUAGGGCACAGUGCCACACCAGGGGGUGUUCUGGAUAAAGCACUGGACAGAGAAGAGGCAGAGCACAAGGACUUUCUUAGGCUGAAACACGUGGAAGGAUACCACCAGCUGUCCACCAAGACCAGACUCUAUUUCUCUACUGCUGUGGCCAUGUGGGACGCCCAAUUCUAUGUGAAGGUGGAUGAUGAUGUCCAUCUCAACUUAGGUGUGCUAGCCAGCACGCUUGCACAGUACCGAUCCAAGCCCAGAGUGUAUAUCGGAUGCAUGAAGUCUGGACCUGUUCUUUCUCGCAAAGGGGUGAAAUAUCACGAACCAGAGUACUGGAAAUUUGGAGAGGAUGGAAACAAGUACUUCAGGCAUGCCACUGGACAAUUAUAUGGCAUCUCCAAGGACCUGGCUGCCUAUAUUUCCAUCAACUCCCCCAUCUUGCAUAGAUACGCCAAUGAGGACGUGUCUCUGGGAUCGUGGUUGAUUGGCUUAGACGUUGAACACGUGGACGACCGUUCCAUGUGCUGUGGGACCCCUCCAGACUGUGAAUGGAAGGCUCAAGCAGGGAAUAUCUGCGUGGCGUCAUUCGAUUGGUCGUGCAGCGGAGUAUGCAAUUCAGUGGAGAGAAUGAAACACGUGCAUUCCUCUUGCGGAGAAGGAGAUGGUGCAAUUUGGAAGGUUGAUCUUUGAGUUUGCUACUGCCUACUGCCCUGCCCCCAUACCAUACAUGGAUUCAGAGCUAAGGCCUAGACUCUAGCAUAGCUGAUAUUGUUUUUGCCUAUAUAUUCCUGUUUCCCAUACGUACCAUGGAGGACACACUAUAUAUAUAUAGAAGAAUAAAU